AAGCGGAACCAGCUUUUUGGAGUGUCUUGUUCGCGAGGGAGAUACCAAUUUCAGAAGUGACGAGAUUUAUUGGCCUUAAGCGAUUGAAUCAAACGUUAAUCAAUCAACUCGUCCAUAGCCCGGGGGGGUUGUGUUUAUGUUGACACAACAGUGCGGACAAACAUACGAUAGUGGAAAGAAAGGACUCUCGAGUCUCGUGCCUCCGGGUCUGGUGGCAACGUCAGAAAAAAAAGUCACUAAUCGUGGUUGUUGGCCAAGCGGACUAGUUGGGCCUUCGUGGCACCGUUCAACCAUCCAGCUGGUGUGCUUUGUGUGGCGAUUAGUUCUUUUUCAUCCGGUGUAGUGGAAACCUUUCAUGAUGUAGGAUGAUGCUUCAUCACCACUUACAGAAGUGAUUUAUCAACAGCACAAAAACGUAUCGAGCCACAUCGUUAUAUGAAGUGUGAAAGUGUAUGCAGAUUGUACGGAGGUUGAGUGAAGUAAUCCGUUAGACAUGGUCAGGCCUUCUCAGAACCAUUUUAGAUGAUUUUCAAUUCGGUCAACAGUUACCACCAGUAAAGGGAAAAUAGUUUAGCUAAACUGGUUUCCACGGCAGGGAUUUGUGAACAUUCCUGGUUUUUGUAUGGUCUGUGAUAACGGAUCGAACGCUUGAGUAUAAGGAGCUAAAAACGCGAAGAGGAUACAUAUUGAAAAAUGCUUUCCAUUCUGUGGAUUACAACGACGCUGCUGACUGCGAGUUUUUGUGAUUCUCAGCAGCCGACAGCAGUUUCCCUUCCGAAGCCCGUCUGUGGUCAGGUAACGCUGAUGAUGGAUAACUGCUUCCACAACACCACCCCCCAGGUGUCCACCGAUAUCCUGUACUCGGUGAAAAUUCCGGAAACGGUUGAGGAAAUCGACAGCCGAUGUCGGGUGUUUUACCGAGGCAUGGAUUGCAUCCAGAGCUACCUGAAUGCCUGCGUCGAAGGCAAGGACCGGCGAAUCAUCGAGAACGAGGUGUUCGGGGCGCAGAAGAUGUACGAUCAUCUCUGCAGGGACAAGUCCUUCCAGAACGAGUUUUUCAAACACAAGGGUUGCUUUCGCCACGUGCACAACGAUUGGGACUCGUGCUCCCGCAAGUUCACCAACAUUCUGAAGGAGGAAAUGACCAGAACGACGCAGCAGAGCUUCAAUGUGCAGUAUAUGCAUUUUUGUUGCGCCCGUUACGGUUACGAAAACUGUGUCUUCACCAGUGCCAAGUACAAGUGCAAGCCCGAGUCGGCCGUCUUUCUGCGGAAGAUUGCCAAACUGCUUUCCACGGAUCGGCACUUUCUCAACUGUGAUAAAAUCGAAAGCGAGAUCUGCUCGGGUGGUGGCCGGAGGAUUCACACUUCGUCGGCGCAGCUGGUCACUUUGGAACUGGUGCUCGCUGCGAUGGUGCCCCUGGCGACUGCUCAGCUGGUGACGGCAUGGCGAUAAAAGGGUGCGGUUGGAAGUGAGCCUGGUUUUCAAAGUGUGACGACGGAUAUAAAUUCGCGAUCGGUUUUGAGAUGUUUUUGGUCUCGCUUAGGUAAGAGCUGAUAUAGGUUAAUGUGAUCGAAAUGUAUAUUGGAAAGUAUAUUUAAUUGAUGUUGCUGAUGCACGGACACGAAUUGUGAAGAAUAGAAAGUUCACAUGCCAAAUUCUAUUGUGCCAAAUGGGGAACGCCUAUAAGAAAGUUUGUGUUUAGAAUUAAGAAUAUUGACGGAUUUUGUCUAGCUGCCUGUCAAAUAUUGGCGGAACUUUCGAAAGCCAGUAGAAAUUUUUCGGAUAUUAAAACCCUGAUUAGUUAGACAAUUUAAGUUUUAACGAGUGAUGAAUAGACAUGGAAUAAUACUAACUCGUCUUGUGACAUUUGAAGCGUUCUACUAAAAAGCCCUCAAUUCAUUUUCUGUUGAACUUAACUUUGUGUUUUUCGUGAGUCUUAUUUCACCUCCGGUGCUGAGCCACCCAUUUCCAAGUUUUUUUUUUGUUUCCUCAACUUUAUCAUGUUGGAUUGGAAGAUUGUUUAUAACCUUAAUAUUGAUAUUAACCAUCAAUUCGAAAUUUGUAAUGUGAUCCUGAAGUUCUAAAUAUUUUUCUAAUGCAUUUAGUAACUUUAUAAUGCGUUUAUUAACAAAUAACUCAUAGUAGAUUCUGUAAGGGUGAUGCCAAAGUCGUAGAUAAACGGGCACAAAUCCUGGCUGAUAAAUAAUAACGUGUUUGACCGUAUAAUGCCUAAAUUAGGAUCUAGUUUCGAACAUAAUUUGAUUGUUAUUUAUGAUCCGCUAAAUGCAUUGUACAAUAAAAUCAUCAUGGUAGAAGUUAACUGUUAGUAAUAGAUGAACGAGCCGUUUUCGAUUAAGGAUAUGGAUUUGAGAAAUAGUGUUUCACUGCUUAAGACCGAACAAUAUAAAGGAAAAAGUUCAAAGACCAUUUUUAUUCACUAGAAAAAUGUUUGUCUCCGUCUGUCAAUUUCUAAGGG